AUUGUCCCAUCUUGGAGAAAGUGUCAUUGUGUGCCUGAAAAUGUGUCGAUGCGAUGCUACUCACGUAUCAACCUGGCUGCUUCCGCGAUAUAUAACUCCCCAACAAGCUGACUUAGCGUCAGAAUAGUGUGUUAAUGUUCACUGGUGAUAAUACUGUCAUUCGUUCUACUGAGAAACUUUCAGGUGUACCAUAAGUUUGCAAAAUGUUGAAACAUCUAGUAUUUUGCUGCAUGAUGCUUCUCACGGCAUCUGCCGAACCACCUGUUCAAGGCGUGAGACCGACGAAUUUACUAGGCAGUUCUGAUCAACACGCAUCCUUCAAUUUUAUCAGACCAGGUUUAACGCAAACUGCAUUCGCAUUCAGUGGCCCCAGCUCUCAUCAGUCAUUCAGUUCCAGUAUUGGAAAUCCUUAUUUAGCACAAAAAGUUUAUCCCAAUGUUGCUAACGCGCUUGCUUAUAGAAAUCCCGGCUUAGGUACAUUUCCAGUUGGUCCUAUUGCAAAUGGUUAUGCAACUGCACCAGUUCCACCUGCAUUUGUAGCAUCAGCACCUGCGCCAUUGCCUUACCAAACUCCCAUAGAUCCUGCUACAUUGGCUUAUUAUCAACAGUUACAACAAUAUCAACAGCCCCAACAAACUUAUUCCGCAGCUGGUCACUAUCAAGCACAAUUGGCACAACUUCUCGCACUAAGGCAAGCGCAAGUACAGGCUCAAGCACAAUCUCAAGUACAGGCACAAGCUACGCAAACGCAACAGGUCCCUGAACAGGUGGAAUUGCAACAGGAAGAACAGCAACAACCUCAAAAUUUAUUAGGGAUUGCGUACUCCUCUGCACCGUCGGUAGCACGUGUUAAAGUUUCUGGAAAUGGCUAUAAAUUCGACUUUUAAAUAAUAAACAAUAUACGUCGUAUGAAUAGCUUUAAUUUUACCACGUUGUACAUGACUCGCUUUUAUUUAUUAUUUAUAUCGUAAAAAAAUAAUAUUUAAAUAAUUACUGUUUUACUUUUGA